CUGCUUGUUUGCCUUGGAAGAACAAAUUAAUGACAUAUUCUCUUAGAACCAUUUUUGGACCCUUUCCCUCAUCAUCUUCUUCUUCUCCAUUUCUCAAUAAAAUCCUAACCUCUUCAUCUUCUUCCCACAUACAUACAUACAUAUAUAAUAUAUAUAUAUAUAUCUGCAUGACUAACAGCAUAUGAUUAAGCUCUACUAGGGUUUAUUAAUUAGAUUCUCCAUAGAAAUUAGGGCAAUACCCUAAAAGAAGCUGCCUCCAUGAACACCCACUGGUUGGGAUUCUCACUUUCACCUCAUCAUCAACAACAGCAACAGCAGGUUGCUUUCUCCUCCGAUGAAGCUCCUGCAGAAUGCUUCGAUCUCAUGGCGGCCACCUCCCAAACGCCUUCUUUCGCUCUUCUUCCACCUACUUUCACCAGGAACAGUUCUCAAUCUCCAGAUUGGAGCUUAAGCUCCUUCACAUGCACACAAAUCAAUCAAGAAACCCCAAAACUCGAAAACUUUCUUGGCCAAUCUUUUGCAGACAACCAAUUAGAUCAUCAUCAUCGUCAUCAUCAACAACAACAACCAAACAAGCAGACUGCAGAUUACAGUACUGCAAUCCACCAUGACCAGACCUUCAAGUACAACAUCUACCAACAAUCCGACCACCAUAACCAGCCCAAUCUCAACACAAACACCAUGGGACUCUCCAUGAUCAAAAACUGGCUGAAGAACAACCCCCAGGCUACCACUGCAGCAGAUUCCAAGCCAGCCUCCGGUGCGCAGACCUUGUCGCUUUCCAUGAGCACUGGCUCCUCCGACGCCGGAAAAUUGCAGGCCGCCGCCGAUAGUAGUCAGAGCAGCGGCGCCGGCGCCGGCGCAAUCGAGUCACUGCCGAGGAAAUCUAUCGACACAUUCGGACAAAGAACCUCAAUAUACCGCGGCGUGACGAGACAUAGGUGGACAGGAAGAUAUGAAGCACAUUUAUGGGAUAAUAGUUGCAGAAGAGAGGGACAAACCCGGAAAGGAAGGCAAGUUUAUCUGGGAGGUUAUGACAAGGAAGAAAAGGCAGCUAGGGCAUAUGAUUUAGCAGCACUCAAAUACUGGGGAACUACCACAACUACUAACUUUCCUAUUAGCAACUAUGAGACAGAAAUGGAGGAAAUGAAGCACAUGACUAGGCAGGAAUAUGUAGCAUCCCUAAGAAGGAAAAGCAGUGGUUUCUCUCGAGGGGCCUCCAUAUAUAGAGGUGUUACAAGACACCAUCAACAUGGAAGAUGGCAAGCAAGGAUAGGAAGAGUUGCAGGAAACAAAGACCUUUACUUGGGAACUUUUAGCACACAAGAAGAAGCAGCCGAAGCCUACGACAUCGCAGCCAUAAAGUUCCGCGGCCUAAACGCCGUGACAAACUUUGAGAUAAACCGGUACGAUGUAAAAACCAUCCUCGAGAGCACCACUCUCCCAAUCGGGGGCGCCUCAAAGCGCUUAAAGGACGCAGAAAAUGCCGAGAACAUGGCCCUCGAAAUGCACUGUGUUGUGAACGAAGGAAACACCUUGAAUCUUCACCUAGACGACGAGCAAAUGACCGGCUACACAACCUCCAUGAACAACCCUUCUUGGCCCUCCUCCAUCGCCUUCCACCAGCCUCAUUCGAUCGCGAAUCUCUACCCUUAUCCCCACCAAAGGCUCUGGUGCAAACAAGAACAGCAAGAUCAUCAAGGGUUCAACGAGCUCGGAGGGAGCAAUCAUAACUUGUUGCUGCACAACUUGAUGAGUCUUGAUUCUUGCUCGAAUGUUGGCUCGAAUUCGGGGGUCUUUGAGAGCUCCGGCGCGGCGAGUGGCAAUGGUUUUGGGGUGCCGAUGAUGGCGGUUCAAGAAGGGGGCGGCGAUGAUGGCGCCAUUUUCGGAUCAGGAGACACUUAUCAGGGUUCUUCUUGCAAUGCCUGGAUUCCUACAGCAGUGCCGGCUAUCGGAGGUAGAGGCAACGCCAUGGCCGUCUGCCACGGAGCUUCGGCUUUUAUGGCGCGCAACGAAACAUAAUUAAAAUGUUGGCUACACAAAACAUGCACUUUUGUUGUAUACUACUUAUCGUCUUCUAACUUUGAAAUUCUUCCAUUUUAGUGUUGGUUAAUUUUGUGAGCAAUGUUAGUAAUGAAUUAAGCAGAAUUACGAUCAGGACAUGGGGUUGUAGGAAGGUAUUUCGUGUCCUCGGAAAGUUAGCAGCAAACCAUGGCUUUGUAAUUUUGAACAGACAUGUUACUAUACAAAGGAUGGGAUGACUUGAUCGAACAUUGCUCUCAUAAUAAGUAAAAUUUCUGUA